UUUAUAAAUGUCCGACUUCGGCGUUUAACAUACGUGUUAUGUUUAUUUUAUUUGUAAUUUAAUCGUUUGGUCGUGCGUUCCUUAACGAUAUAAAAUGAAAUUCCUAUAUUUAUUGUUCACGAUAUGGACUAUAGUCAACUGUGACGAACAUACACACACAUAUAAGGAAGGAGAACAAGUGGUGCUAUGGAUGAACACGGUCGGCCCCUAUCACAAUCGACAAGAAACGUAUGCAUACUUUUCUUUACCUUUUUGCGUUGGCACCAAAGUAACAAUUGGUCAUUACCAUGAAACGCUGUCGGAAGCUCUGCAGGGAGUCGAAUUGGAGUUUAGUGGCUUAGACAUUACGUACAAAGACAACGUACCGGCGCAACAAUUCUGUGCAAUCGAACUGAACGCGCAAUCCUAUAAAGCGCUUGUGUAUGCCGUUAAAAAUCAUUACUGGUACCAGAUGUAUAUAGACGACUUGCCGAUAUGGGGCACGGUUGGAGAAAUUGACGGCGAUCAGUAUUAUAUCUGGACCCAUAAGAAGUUUGACAUAGGUUACAAUGGAAAUAGGAUCGUGGAAGUAAACCUUACAGCCGAAAAUAAGGAACGAUUAACACCCGAUGCGAAGAUUCCUUUCACUUACGAAGUUAACUGGAAGAAGAGCAACAUCAACUUUGAAGACAGAUUUGAUAAAUACUUAGAUCCAAAUUUCUUCCAGCACAGAAUACAUUGGUUCAGUAUUUUUAAUAGUUUUAUGAUGGUCAUCUUAGUUGGUCUUGUUUCUAUGAUUCUUAUGAGAACAUUACGCAAAGAUUAUGCUAGGUAUUCUAAGGAUGAUGACCUUGAUGACUUGGAAAAAGAUUUAGGUGAUGAGUAUGGCUGGAAGCAAGUCCAUGGCGAUGUCUUCAGGCCAGUCCCACAUCUUGCUUUGUUCUCUGCACUAAUUGGCUCUGGUUAUCAACUAACUGUGGUCACAUUAGCUGUUAUUAUAUUUACCAUAUUUGGUGAAUUGUACACCGAGAGAGGGUCUUUACUUUCAACUUCUAUUUUCAUUUAUGUAACUUCCCCUGUUAAUGGUUAUUUUGGUGGAUCUUUGUAUGCUCGUAUGGGUGGCAAGUUGUGGAUUAAACAAAUGCUUCUAUCAGCAUUUUUCUUACCUGUUCUGGUUUGUGGAACGGCAUUUUUUAUUAACUUCAUUGCUAUGUACUACCAUGCCUCCAGGGCAAUUCCUUUUGGCAGUAUGAUUGCUGUUAUGUCUAUCUGUACCUUUGUCAUCUUACCUCUCACUUUGGUGGGAACUGUUUUGGGACGUAACUUGGCUGGCCAGCCUGACUAUCCCUGUAGAAUCAAUGCUGUUCCUAGACCUAUCCCUGAAAAGAAGUGGUUUAUGGAGCCAUUUAUUAUUAUUAUUGUUGGGGGUAUCCUGCCGUUUGGUUCAAUAUUUAUUGAAAUGUAUUUCAUUUUCACCUCAUUCUGGGCAUACAAGAUCUAUUAUGUGUAUGGAUUUAUGUUGCUUGUUUUCCUAAUAUUGAUGAUUGUGACUGUUUGUGUGACAAUUGUAUGCACUUACUUCUUGCUGAAUGCUGAAGACUACCGUUGGCAGUGGACUAGCUUCUUGUCUGCUGGUAGCACUGCCAUAUAUGUGUACUUGUAUUCAUUCUACUACUUUGUUUUCAAAACCAAGAUGUAUGGCUUGUUCCAAACUACAUUUUACUUUGGAUAUAUGGCGCUGUUUAGUUUAGCUUUGGGCAUUAUCUCUUGAACUGUUGGAUAUUUGGGUACUAGCAUAUUUGUCAGGAAAAUUUAUUCGACUGUCAAAAUUGAUUAAAAUGUGGAUAUAUUUGUUGAUGCCACUUAAUCAGAGUUUUAGGUAUAAUGAAACCAUAAUAGCAAUAUUCAUAAGCAAACUGCCCUACUUUUAUCAUAUUUUGUGUAAGGCAGAUGAAUAUAAUAUUAGUGCAAAUUAUGAAUGAAAUCCAUAAUGAUUUUUAUUUGAUAUAAUUGGAUACAUUCCCAAAAGUCAAAAAAUCUUUAUACACUUAGAAGCAAAAGAGCAUUUGAAAUUUUCUCAAUGUGCUCUCCAGUGUGUGGUGUGUAAAUGAGUAACAGUAAAUUGCGGUAUUGUGAAAUAUAAGCGAAUGUAUCGAAAGAACAUUGUUAAAACACAUUAAGUCAGUAAAAUAACAGUUUUGAAUACGAAGAGCUUUGAUUCAGUAGAAGUUAUUUAUUAGAAUUAAUAUUCUGGCAUCCACAUAUUUUAUUGUUUCAAUGUAACCGUUAGUAAUUGAGCAAUUUUUUGUCUGUUUGAUUGUUUGAAAUAGGUAUGUUAUUUUACCUGGUCUUUACAAUAUAAUCUCAGACUGGGUAGUGUUGUAUCAUUUGAUAAUUAAUUCUUUUCUUUACAGUGUAAAUAUUCUCUCUUGUUUUAGAUAAUAAAUAUAACAGUUAUGGUAAAAUGUGCUGCAAAUAUUAUGCUGCUAUACUGCAGAUAGUUUAAUAACAAUGUUCAUUGUUUUAGAACUAUAAACUGAAGAGUUUAUGCAGUGUGGAAUGACAUUCUUCAAAACACUUUGUUAUGGAAGGAUGAAUCAUGAAUGUAGUAUAAAUAUAGAGUUAAUCACGCA